AAUAAAAUGCUUUUUGUUCUUGAUACUAUGGUCAGUCAAGAUGAUACUCCUAUCAGUGCUUCCUCAUUCUUUGGUUUUAUGGGAGUCACUAUGGCAUUGGUGUUAGCAAGUAUUGACUUAUGAUUGAUAUAUUUAUUAUAGAUUUGGGAGCAGGAUAUGGAACAUUUAAAGCAGGAGCUGGAAUUGCAGCUAUAGGUAUUUGGAAACCAGAAAUUAUCAUGAAAUCAUUAAUCCCUGUAGUUAUGGCAGGUAUUUUGGGUAUCUAUGGUAUGAUUGUGGCUGUAUUACUAUCACAGAAAGGUAAUAAUAUAUUUGAUUAUUAAAAAUAGUUAAAAAUCCUUUGAGUUACUCUUAUAAAUCUGGUUUUGCUCAUAUGGCAUCUGGAUUAUGUUGUGGAUGUAGUUGUAUUGCAGCAGGAUUUGCUAUAGGAAUUGUUGGUGAUGUUGGUGUCAGAGGAAAUGCAUAAUAGGAAAGAUUAUUUGUAGGAUUGAUUUUAAUCCUCAUUUUCGCAGAAGCAUUGGCCUUAUAUGGUUUAAUUGUGUCAUUGAUCUUAUCACAAUCAUGAGUAUCAUUAAUAAAAUAUUAAUAAA